AUGCUGGAACACUCAGCUAUGAUAGAAGCGCGUAGUCUCGAAAUAGAAGAGGUUUCGGAAACUCUAAAUGGCCUAGGCUAUGAUAUCCGGAAACUGAGCAUUAUUUAUCACUUGGGAUACUUCGACAAUGUCGAGCCUCUCAAUUUUACAAACUUUGCAACUCCCAAUGCAGGAGCAAGAAGUCCAUCAAGAAAGAGACGCCUUUGGAACGUCGUUGGGGGCAAGGACAAUCUCAGGUCUGGCCGCCAACUCUUCAUGAUACAUUGUUUCUGGGGACGCUGGCAAACCGCUCGAAAUCGCUCUUCACACCCCAGGCAGAAUAUUUAUGAUAAGUCUGACAAGGCUCAAACGUCGAAGUAUUUAAGCGAUCACCCGGUGGCAUCCUUGAGUGAUCAACUUCCACCCGGACAACUUCUCCUUCGCCUUGUCCGUUCCUCCUCUAUCUUUAAAUGGCGUUUCCGAGAUCUCCACUCUCGUACCAACGCCGUCGCGAUUCGCGGCAAAUCGACAGAAUUAAUAACAUUGUUGGUUUCCGGAAACACCCGGCCCAUAUCCACAGGGCGUGGCACAAGUCUGAAUGCAGGCAUCAUCGUUCGAAUUCCGAAGAAAUUCGACAAGACAAGAUCGCAGUGGCUCGGAGACGAAGAGCCCAUACCGUUUUCCAAGGCGGUUAAUGCCCCUGCAGUCAACCCUCAGGCUCGUCAAAAUCUGCACUACAAUAUUCUGCAGCAUAGACAAAGGCUCGACCUGACCACCCCAUCUUCAAGGAUUCUCCCACCCAGUGCUGCGAGCAAGCAUACCUCCAAAUGGAUGAACAUCACUGGCCUUACGGACUGGUUGACAACAAGCUUGUAUCAGCCCGUAUCUGUCCACUCGGAACAGCUCGAUCAGGCAAUCCAGCAACCUCCCUCGGCCACCAAUUUACCUAGGAAGUGCCCCCAUCGUGUAACAAGGAAGUUCACACUUAUGACGUCAUUGUGGCUCCAUAUCAGCAAGGCGUCUUGGCGGGGGCUGCGAUAUCCACCACACUAG